CCUUGGAGAUGGCUAUUCGAAUGAACACAAUCACAGACGAGAAACAACUUUUCAGAGAAUUCAUCAAACCAGAUGUGGAAAAGCCGGUUAUAAAAGUUGCUAAAUUCCCUUUAAGUUUUGGAUUUGGACCUGACUCAGUUUCAGAUGGUGUUCCAAAGCCGCCAGAGGAAGAGCCUGUUGAACGAAAAGCUGUAGUCAAGCCCAAGCCAGCCCAGUGCAUACCUGAGCUAAAGACAAUCAGUCUGAGAGAGACAGAGGACCCGUGGAUCUACUACUGGCCUGAGUGUACCAGACUAGAGCAAUGUGGGGGAUGUUGUAUACAUAAACAGCUUAGCUGCCAACCCAUAGAGACUGAAACUGUCAACUUUCAGGACGGAACAAUUCAUUGGCCAACAAACUCUUGUUCAUUUUAUGAAAACAUAAACGAACAGAAAAAUUAA